GGUGGGGGUGGUAUGUGAAAUAGAUAGGGUGAAGAGAGCUAUUGGUGCUUUGUGCUUGAGAGGUGACCGAUAUCUCGCAGGGAGGAUUUACAGAAAAAAGGACAAUAAUUUGGAUAUCUAUGUUUUUGUUUGUUUGAUUCAACUGGCGUGCUAGAGACCCUGGAUACCACUGGCCAUGGCAGAAGGGGGCUGCGCAAAGACCGAAGAAGGGGAGGCACCGAGCUCCGAGGAGGAUUCUGGUUCUUUUCACGGUAGCGGAGUGUGCAAAUGGUUUAACGUACGGAUGGGGUUCGGGUUCCUAUCCAUGACCAACAGGGACGGUGUCCCUCUCGAAACCGCCGUCGAUGUGUUUGUUCAUCAGAGCAAACUGCACAUGGAGGGCUUCCGCAGUCUGAGAGAGGGAGAGACCGUGGAGUUCACCUUCAAAAAGUCAUCCAAGGGCCUGGAGUCGCUCCGGGUGACUGGCCCAGAGGGAGCUCCCUGCGUGGGCAGUGAGAAGAGGCCCAAGGGUGCCCAGAAGCGCCGCUCAAAAGGAGAUAAAUGCUACAACUGUGGAGGCCCUAACCACCAUGCCAAAGAAUGCCAGCUCCCCCCUCAGCCCAAGAAGUGCCAUUUCUGCCAGAGCAUAGCCCAUAUGGUUGCCAGCUGUCCGAUCAAAGCACAGCAGUCCUCGCCCGGAUCUCAGGAACGGUCGUCCUCGGCGGCAGGCGGAGAGGAAGAGGAGCUGAUGCGUCCGGCUCCCGCUCCGCUUCCUCCGGAGAGCUCCGACUAAGGAACCGGAUAGUCAGGGAGACAUGAGCCAAUCAAAACGCUUCACUGGAAUGCUGCUUCGAGAACUACCUCAGGUUCUACUUUUUUGUGUUGUUUUUGUUUACUUGAGCGCAGAUAACAACUGAGUUCUUCACAGUAUGAUAGUGUUAGUUUAGAAUGUCAAGUUGGUUAGAAGCUGGAGACCACUAUAUGUCAGUGGCUUCCGGAAAAUCAUAAUGAUAUUGAAUAGUGAAUUUGUUGACAGCUUUUCAGUGACGAACGUUUUUCAGUUUGACAUUUUCCACCUCUAUUUUUGUUUUCCUGCCUUAGCUAAGUGUCUUAGAUUUGUACGGUAACAAUCAGAAAUCCAGCGAGUUUACAAACGGCAAUAAUCAAGGAUGUACAUCAUGACCACGCCAUAUCACUUUUUCUCUGUAACGUUUAGGGCUUGUCUUGUUGGACAUAUAUGAAGUUAAUGACGUGUACUCCUUGAUUUCUCAACCCUUUUACCUCCUUAUUUAAGAACAAUAUUUGCCAAAGAAUAGAGAAACAAGCCUUUAUUUUUGAACAUAGUGUGUCUUGACUGCUAUGAAUGUUAAGGGGACUGAAAGAAAGAUGGCUGUUUUGUCCUCCAUCCUAGGAGACACGGCUCUUUCCUGCAAUCAAUCACCUUGAUUUCUAUGGCCAAGUGAAUGUUAAAGACUGUAGUGUAACGUUGAGUGCUGCACCUCUGUGCUGUGAGAGCUCAGUGUGUAGCCUCCUCCUGCCUUUUACAUGGUUGAUAACUUACCAUAAUGUAAUUCAAGUCUUUCUUCAGGUUGCACAGUUGUUAAACGCAAGUAUGGCAGGUAUUAUACCUCAGUGUACGGCUUGUAUAUAAGCUGUCUGUCAGUGUUGAAAAAGGCUUGAUUGUAAAGAAAUGGCGGUUCCCUGUAGUUUUUAUGUAAACAUGUUGGGGAAGUACCGUAAAAUUCCUCAAGGGAACUCUUUUACUAGAUUCUUUUGUUUGUUGUACUUGAAAAAAUAUCUAGAAAGCUAGUGUGUUCGCUAGAGUUCUCUUCCACAGGUUGGGUUUAUGACUUCUCAGCACCCCUUAUGGUGGAACGUACAAAUUGUGAGGGAAUCAGAGUGCAUCAUGGGAGCUCUGAUAGGAUGUCUCCCAGCUUCUGUAGAAGUAGAGAUCGAACCUGACAUUAAUGUAUAUAAAUAUUAUCAUUUAAAACCAUGAUUUAUUUAUUUGUAACCACACAUGCUUAUCUUAUUAGAAAUCAUGAAGAUUUUGUCUUUAUUUUGGUUUCUUUUUCAAGCCUGGAGGUUUUGUUUACUUCCUUGACUGUGAUGUUUGAUAAUCUUAUUUUAACAGUGUGAUUUUGCUUUGUUUUCUGGCACCUCAAGCUAUAGGGAAUUGAAAAUCCUUCGUUUUGAGCUAUGCCAAAAAAUGUAUGGAGCAAUUCACUGCACUAAUCAUGCGUUAUACAUUCUAUUGAUUUAUGUUAUUGUUUUGUUAUUAUUUGUUUUGUACUUUAACUGUUAGACUGGGCUGUUAUCACAGCCAGAAUUUUACUUUCCCACAAAUCCUCAGUUUUUGCUCAGGGAAUUAUUUAAUCACUUUAUUUUUAUUAUUUUCAAAAUUAGUUUAUUUUGAAAUACAGGUCUGCAUGCACAGUGUAAAAAUGCGCUGGUUUGCUGGGAAACUGUGUGUAAUAUGCCUGAAGCAAGCCUGUCGAUCAAUGCACUACUGUUACUAUCACAACCCACAGGUCCCAUGUUUAUUCUAUAGUGACGGAUUAAAGUUGAGUCUUUUGUUUUAGAUUUGAAAGAUCAUAAAUAUUCCCUAAUUGAAAUUGAGGAUCUCUCUUUUCCAUUUCAUGGUGUGUAGUAUAGAUAGAAUAUCAGUCCUGCUUCAGUCUUGUAUAUUGUUAUUGUACAGAAGCAACCUUCAUUUAUGAUAAUAUAACAAUGUUUCCUUUGCAUGGUAGUUGAUGUUUUAGAAGUAGAGUAACCUUGUCCCAGUGGUUAAGGAGAAUGUUCUUGACAGAGAUAUGGGGUUGUGGCCUCUCUCUCAAGACUUGUGAGAGACCUAAUCAUUGAACUAACAUAACCUGUAGCUGUGAGGGAGUUGUCAUGGAAGUGCCCUUGGUACAGAGAUAUUCUAUAAUGCUGUAAUGUUCGCCCCUGGAACCAUCACAACUGCUGUUUUUUCCAACCAUGUUGUCUUUAUCUAUGUAGUUUAUGGGAUGUGGUCUUUCUUUCAUAUUUUUUUUUAUUUCAUUGUGUUUUGAUCUUAAUAACGAGACAGAAAUGCCUUGUGAUGAAUCUAUACAAGUCUACCUCAGGAUGUGUACAUGUAUGUGGAAAUGGCUAUGCAUUUUGGUCAUGCCUUUUGAAGAGUGAGUGCCAUAGUUUUUGGUUGAGUUUGUUUGUGUUUCUUUUUGUUGUUUGUUGUUUUUUUGUGGCUGUUUUUAGUGUGUGUGUGUGUGUGUGUGUGUGUGUGUGUGUGUGUGUGUGUGUGUGCGUGCAUGCAUGCAUGGGAUAUUGGUUUUUGGUUUUAGAGAAGUCUGACUGCAUAACUGGUGUUGAGCAGGAAGCAAAUUUGAAAUGUUAUAAUUUGAAUUGGAUUUUGAGGAAUUGGAAGAAAUGUCUAUCAUUGGUGGCUGUUCCAGGCAAAUUGGUAGUAGUCAGCCAAUCACAGAUUGCCUUGCAAUUACUGUUUGAAGCUCUAUCAAUUUGCAGGACUAGUAUUUUAUCAGGGUAUUCUGUGGCGACAUUCCUCCAGAGUUGUGUAGAAUGUUGCACAAAGGCCUAAUUAAAUUCUGAUCCAAAAGUAUGUCUGAGAACAGACAGGGACUAAUGUCUGUUUUGAUGGAGAAUACUGAUGCGUACACUAAGAUAUAAAUGGGUACUGGAAAGAAGUGAUGGUAUGUGGAUUGUUGAUACACAGCAGGCUUAUGUUCUAAAAGACUAGAAUGUCUCAUGCUAUGUUUGUUAAAUUAGGACUCUCCUGACUGGAGUUAAGGUGACAGUGAUUUUAGUUACAGUGUUAAGUUUCCUGUAAUAGCCAGUUUGUUUGACAAAAAAAGAAAAAAGAAAAUCAUUAUCUACAUUUAGCAGACAUGGGGAAACUCCCAAACAAUUCUUAUCUGUGUUGUUAUGAUGGUGUCCUGGCAGGCUUUUCAGAAAGCUUUCUGUUGGAGAGCCUAAGGUCUACCUUUUCUCAGUAAGGAGUAACUGUCAUUAACCUCAAAUAGCCUAAGCAAAAUGCCUUGUAGAGCAGUGUCCCUAAAAUCAAACUUGUCAGCAGAUUCAAGAAAAGGUUAUGUAACAACAAGGAUCAAUAAAACCGUGUUAAUCACAGUAUAAUCCAUGUUUUAGUUUGAUCAUCAACUCUAUGUUGUCAUUUGCUCAGUUCUGUCAUUUAUGGUCAUAGUGUGUUUGUCACAAAUAAAGCUCAGGGUUGCAGCAGAAGCACAAACAUGAACAACAACGUGUUUGCACAGAGCAUAUUUCUGAUUACUGUUGCUGUUUAUUAUCUUGUCUGAUUUUCCGCUUGGGUUUUGCAUUCCUCAUGGUGUCCGAUGGAGACCGUGAAAAACGUAUUUUAUAAUUAAGUGACCAAAGAAUGUAACCACAAUGACUGUUAUAACCAGUGGUUUUGUUAUAUAACUCAUGCUCAAGGGUGUUCUGCAAUUAUCCAAGAGUCAAGAGAGUAACUGGUUGGUUCACGUCAGCCUUUCCAUUUCCAAAUCAUUGUGACAGCAUGCAUUUCAAACAAGAAUGUUGUGACCAAGAAUGUGUUUCAGUGUUGACAUUCACUCCUUGAUUUAUUGAUAAUA